AAUUUGAUGCGUCUCAACUGUCCUCCGUGUUCAACUCGCAGACAGUGGUGGACAAAUGGAAUAACCGCAAGAGACUCGAUUUUUUAGUUUUUUCCACUCCACUUCUCCAUCUCUCUCUUUCUUCUUCAUCUCCAAUGUGUUUUCAUCUUCAACAUUUCAACUUCAAAAGCUCCCCUUCAUCUUUUAUUCAAACUUUUCGUCACCUUUUGAGAUAAAUUCAGCAAGAAAUUGCUCAAAACUUCUAAAAAGAUUUGAUCUUUAUGGUAUUUCUUGCAUGCAUGAUGAUGGGUUUUUAAUGUGACAGGAUUAAACAACAAUACCAUGUCCCUUUACAUUAAUCGUGAGGAUUCUAAGAUAUGGAGGAUAAUUUGUGCAGAAACUACUACAGAAAUCAACCUUCUCUCUGAAAAUUGGAAGUAUCUUCUUGCUGGUCUUUUUGGCCAGUAUAUACAUGGGGUAGCUGCACGAGGAGUUCAUUUUAUCCAUCGGCCAGGACCAGUUCUUCAAGAUACUGGCUUUUUUCUUCUACGGGAACUUGGCGAACAAAGAGCAUACAUCAGUGAGACUGUGUUCACCUUCAUCUUUUUGUCAUUUUUAUUGUGGACUUUCCAUCCAUUCAUUUGCAAGAGCAAAAAGAUCUACACAGUUCUUAUAUGGUGCAGGGUCCUGGCCUUUUUACUUGGUUGUCAAAUACUUCGAAUAUUAACAUUCUACUCUACUCAGCUUCCCGGUCCAAACUACCAUUGUCGUGAGGGGUCAAGAGUUGCAACGCUCCCACGACCAGACCAUAUUAUAAAGUAUUUCAUAGUUAUCCCUCGUGGUAUGCUAUACGGUUGUGGUGAUUUGAUUUUUUCAUCUCAUAUGAUCUUUUCUCUGGUCUUCGUGCGAACAUAUCAGAAAUAUGGCACGAAGAGGUUUAUAAAACAGUGUGCUUGGUUAACUGUUGUAGUCCAGAGCCUGUUAAUAAUUGCUUCCCGCAAGCAUUACACAGUCGACGUGGUUGUGGCAUGGUAUACGGUCAAUUUGGUAGUAUUCUACAUUGACACUAAGUUACCUGAGCUGCCUGAUCGUGGUGCAGCUGCAUUGCUGCUUCCGGUGACCAAGGAUAGCCGAACAAAAGAAGAGAAUCACAAACUAUUGAAUGGCAAUGCUGGAGAUCCUACUGAUAGGAGGUUGAGAUCCCAAGUAAAUAUAAAGGCUGUGGAAGACGGUAACAUAUUGCUUGCUGAAACAGUUAUGAACGGUGUAUAGAUGGUAGAAGCUCCUUAAAGAACAACUAUCCCCUUUUAUCUCUUUGAUUCCGAAGGAGUCCAAGAAUGAAGGCAUGUGUUGUAGUUCUAGUCCAUGUAGUGUAACAUGUAAUGAUAGUUUCUAAUGCAUCAAUUUUAGAUUCCCAGCAUUUGUCUGGCAUUAUUAAGCCUUCCCGUUGACACCCUUACCAUUCAUUCAGUUCACAAACAUAAGAAACAUGGCCAAUCUGUUG